AAUUGUUAUUAGAGCAAGGGCUCCAAUUUGAAGGUUUAACCACCUAGGAGUUGAUCAAGGAUGGCUCAAUUUCAAGCUUCUCAACCACUUGAAGGUUUGUCUACCACUAAGCCUCCUUUCUUUGAUGGUACUAAUUAUAAUUAUUGGAAGAAUAGAAUGAAGGUCUUCAUGCUUGCAAAUGUGCCCAAGGCAUGGAUUGUGACUAUGAAAGGUCCAUAUGUGCCUAUGAAAGUAGUUGGGGAAAGUGAGGUGCCAAAGGAAGAAGUUGAAUGGCAUGAUGAAGACUUGAUGUGGGACAUGUUAGAGGUAACACAUGAAGGAACAAGCCAAGUGAAGGAGUCAAAAAUCAAUAGACUCAUUUACAUGUAUGAGCUUUUCAAGAUGAAACCGGAGGAGAGCAUUCAAGAUAUUUGUACAAGAUUGAAUGAUAUAGUCACCAAUCUCAAGGCUAUUGGUAAAGUCUAUCCUUCUCAAGAAGUGGUGAGGAAGGUUCUUAGAAGCUUGCCCAAGAAUUGGGAAGCCAAGAAGAUCGCAAUUGAAGAGUCUAAGGAUCUCAACACUCUCAAGCUUGAAGAUCUCAUUGGAAAAUUGAUGACAUAUGAAAUAGAAGUUCAAGUUGAUUGUGGAGUUGAAGUAGUUGAGAAGAAGAAGAAGAAUGUUGCUUUUAAGGCUAGCAACCAAAAGGAAGAGAGUGAAGAUGAUGCUCGUAAUGUUGAGUCUAGCAAUGAGGAGGAUAUCACCAAAUUGGUUUCAAAGGAAGUGAAGCAAUACAUGAAGAAGAGCCUCAAAGGGACAUCCUCUAGAAGAAACAAGGAAAUUCACUAUUCUAGAGGAAGAAUAUAUAGUGAUGAUGAUGAUAGAGGAAAGCCAAGCAAGAAGCAUAUCAAAUGCUAUGAGUGCAACAAGAUGGGGCAUUAUAGAAAUGAAUGCCUUUAAUUGAAGAAGGGUUGAAGGAAAAACAAGAAGAGCAUGAAGAAGAAAGCCUUUGCUGCCACUUGGAGUGAUGAUGAGGCUAGCUCAACAUAAAGUGAAAGCUCCUUGGAGAAUGGUGUUGCAAAUCUUUGCUUCAUGGCUCAAGAGGAUAGCAACAAUGAUGAGGAGGUAAACUCUAACUUCUCUAGUUCAAUUAAUGAAAGUUCUUUUGAGUA